AAAUAAGGGGGUAGAAGAGCCGAGCCGCAAAAGCCAAGAAUCUGUAGAGAGGAAUGGAGCGUCUGGCAAACGCGUUCUCUGUGCUCAACCUUGACGUCGAAGACGACGACGAUGAAAUAGGAGGGGCGUCUUCUACUUCCAAGCCCGUACAGGACACUUCAGCAGGCAAGAGGAACAAGGAAGCCAACAACAUGUUGCUGCCAAAUGAAGAGUACAGGCUGCCCCUUGUAUGGAUUGACUUGGAAAUGACCGGUUUGAAUGUUGAAGUUGAUCGGAUACUGGAGAUUGCUUGCAUUAUUACUGAUGGCAAACUAACCAAAUCCAUAGAGGGCCCUGAUCUGGUUAUUCAUCAACGUAAGGAGUGUUUGGAUAGGAUGGGAGAGUGGUGUCAAAUUCAUCAUAAAGAUAGUGGGUUGACAGAUAAAGUGCUCCAAAGUACAAUCAGUGAAGGAGAAGCUGAAAAGCAGAUCAUAGAAUUUGUAAAGAGAAACAUUGGAACGUAUAAACCUCUUUUAGCAGGAAACUCAGUUUAUGUGGACUUCGUAUUUUUGAAGAAAUACAUGCCAGAUUUGGCCAGCCUGUUCUCCCAUGUAGUAGUUGAUGUUAGCAGUGUUAAAGCUCUAUGCAUUCGCUGGUAUCCUAAAGAUAAUAAGAAAGCACCUUCUAAAGAAAAUAAACACAGAGCCCUGGAUGACAUCAGGGAAAGCAUCAUGGAACUGAAAUACUACAAGCAGAAUAUUUUCAAAGCAAGUAGAAAGUGAUACACAUAAUGCUUCGAAGCAUUUGGAUUGUUUAUUGAGGUUUGGUUUGAAGAUACAUCUAUAUCAGCUUCUGUAGAGUUGCUGCAGGAUUUGUAAAUGACAUAGUUUAUUUGAUCUUCAACUUAUUAGAAUUUUGUACUGAAAAAUCAGGUCGGAGCUUGUACUCCAAGUUAAAGUUCCGAAAAAUAUACUGGAUUUUCCUGUGUUUCUUGUUACCGAACUUAUGCACAUUAUGUAAUUAUAUAGAUUUUGAUAUGCGACAAGUUUUCUUGUUUGAAC